GCUGCCACUCCCGUGUGCGCCGUUCCCACCCUAACCCUAACCUUUCCCUCCCCAGAGGAGUUCCUCUCCACCUUGGAUCACUAUGAGAUCGCCUUCCCCAUCCAAGUGGACCAGAACGGGGACUUCCUCACCUUCGACAUGCGCCGGCAGCUGAAGCCGCGGCCCCGGCGCUCCCUGCCCUACGAGCCCUCGGAGCAGCAGGUCUUCUACAAAGUCUCUGCCCACCACACCCAGUUCCUGCUCAACCUGACCCUGCACUCCAACCUGCUGGCCGAGCACUUCACGGUGGAGUACUGGAAGCGCGACGGCAUGGACUGGCAGCACGACUUCCACGAGGACUGCCACUACGCCGGCCACCUGCAGGACCAGUACCUCAGCUCCAAGGUGGCCAUCAGCAACUGCAACGGGCUGCACGGGGUGAUCGUGGCGGAUGAGGAGGAAUAUUUCAUCGAGCCCCUGAGCCCCGGAGCCAACGUCAGCGCGGGGGGCGAGGGCAGGGGCAGCCCCCACGUCGUGUACAAGCGCUCGUCCCUGCAGUACCCUCACAUGGACGCGGCCUGCGGAGUGAUGGACGAGAAGCCCUGGAAGGGGCGGCACUGGUGGCUGAGGACUCUGAAACCUUCUCCUCUGAAGCCAUCGGGCAACCACAGCCAGCGGGGCCAGCUGCCCCUCAAGAGGUCGGUGAGCACCGAGCGCUACGUGGAGACGCUGGUGGUGGCUGACAAGAUGAUGGUGGGCUACCACGGCCGCAGGGACAUCGAGCAGUACAUCCUGGCCAUCAUGAAUAUUGUUGCCAAACUUUUCCAGGACUCGAGUCUGGGCAAUAUUGUCAAUAUCCUGGUGACCCGGCUGAUCCUGCUCACCGAGGAUCAGCCCACGCUGGAGAUCAACCACCACGCCGGGAAAUCCCUGGACAGCUUCUGCAAGUGGCAGAAAUCCAUCGUGAACAGGAACGGCAACGGGAACGCCAUCCCGGAGAACGGCAUCGCCAACCACGACACCGCCGUGCUCAUCACCAGGUACGACAUUUGCAUCUACAAGAACAAGCCCUGCGGCACCCUGGGCCUGGCCCCCGUGGGCGGGAUGUGCGAGCGGGAGCGGAGCUGCAGCAUCAACGAGGACAUCGGGCUGGCCACCGCCUUCACCAUCGCCCAUGAGAUCGGCCACACGUUCGGCAUGAACCACGACGGCGUGGGCAACAGCUGCGGCUCGCGGGGGCAGGAGACGGCCAAGCUGAUGGCUGCCCACAUCACCAUGAAGACGAACCCCUUCGUGUGGUCCACCUGCAGCAGGGAUUACAUCACCAGCUUCCUGGACUCCGGGAUGGGAUUGUGCCUGAACAACGCUCCUCCCAGGCAGGAUUUCAUCUACCCCACGGUGGCCCCGGGCCAGGCCUACGAUGCCGACGAGCAGUGCCGCUUCCAGUACGGAGUCAAAUCCCGCCAGUGUAAAUACGGGGAAGUGUGCAGCGAGCUGUGGUGUCUGAGCAAAAGCAACCGCUGCAUCACCAACAGCAUCCCCGCGGCCGAGGGCACCAUCUGCCAAACCAACACCAUCGACAAGGGGUGGUGCUACAAGAGGGAGUGUGUGCCCUUCGGGACGCGGCCGGAGGGCGUGGACGGAGCCUGGGGGUCCUGGUCAUCCUGGGGCGAGUGCAGCCGGACGUGCGGCGGCGGCGUGUCCUCGUCUGUGCGCCACUGCGACAGCCCCAGGCCCACGAUCGGAGGGAAGUACUGCCUGGGGGAGAGGAAGCGCUACCGCUCCUGCAACACCGACGACUGCCCGCCGGGCUCGCAGGACUUCCGAGAGCUGCAGUGCGCCGAGUUCGACAACGUUCCCUUCCGAGGGAAGUACUACACCUGGAAAACCUACCGGGGAGGGGGUGUCAAAGCCUGUUCCCUCAACUGCCUGGCCGAGGGCUUCAACUUCUACACGGAGCGGGCGGCGGCCGUGGUGGACGGGACCCCGUGCAGGCAGGACUCCAACGACAUCUGUGUCAACGGGGAGUGCAAGCACGUGGGCUGUGACCGGGUGCUGGGCUCCGACUCCAAGGAGGACAAGUGCCGGGUGUGCGGGGGAGACGGCAGCUCCUGCGAGACCAUCGAGGGCGUCUUCAACCACUCCCUGCCCGAGGGAGGUUACGAGGAGGUGAUCCAGAUCCCCAAGGGUUCCGUCCACAUCGACAUCCGGGAGCUGAACCUCUCCAUCAACUACCUGGGUGAGACGGGGCUGGGGACGCUGAAAUCCCAGCCAGGCCCUGCCAUUUCCCUGGCAUUAACGGGCUCUGGGAAAGGCCUG